AGACGGGCAGCAGUCCGCGGAUGGCUGCGUGCCGACCUGUGUUCUGUCGCGUAGUCGUCUCUCAGACUCUCGGUUAUCGGGACUUGCUCGCUUAUCGCGGAGUGUUAUUACUCUUGCAAUAAAUUCGAAGUUAAAUAAUUCUACCGAUGUUUACAAAAAUGACUUGAUAAACCACGCUGAGUUGCCUCGGUCCGUGUUAACCGCGCUUCAAGAUGUACCUAAAGACUUUCGAUUAUUCUUUUCCCAAGACAAUGAGAUAAAUUUGUGCUGCGGCUUCUGCGAACGCUCACACCUUUGGUGUGAGCUAUAAAAUCAAGCACCAUGAACCAAUGUGGGUUUUGUUCAAUGCUAUCCAGUCUGCUGAGACGUGCUAUGUGCGUCGGCAGCAGACGAGGCAGCAGCGAAUCAUACUACCGGGAGCUAGGAGACCAGGACACGCUGAAAAUCGAGGACAAGACGUCUGACCGCGACGAUGAAACGGAAGAUAUGAUAGCCGAAGUGGAGCCAGAGCCUGGGCCUCCGGACAUAGACAGCGAGAUAUGCGCCAUGGUUGCAAACCACAUCUGCGUCGGACGCUUCUUCACUAUACACAAGCGUCGCAAAAAACGGCUGCUGACUCGCUCUCUCAACCAGGAGAAUGCUCUGCUCGACGACAUCCAGUUCGGGCAGGUGCAGUGCAUCCUGAACCAAUCAGUCCAGUGGCGCUUCAACGCCUUUACGCUAGAGACCGUGUCUGGAGGCCGCUGCCUACCAGUGCUGUGCGUACACCUGUUCCACGUGUACGGCCUGCUGUCUCACUUCAAGCUGGACGCCGUCAAGGCCUGGAAACUAUUCAGCCUCAUCGAGGAAGGCUACCACUCAACGAACCCCUAUCAUAACGCAAUACAUGCCGCCGAUGUCACCCAGGCGAUGCAUUGCUUCCUAUCGCAAGCUCGCGUGAGUAUUAUAUUAUAUUCUUUAUGUGUAACUUUAUGUGGAUGCCGUCAAGGCCUGGAAACUAUUCAGCCUCAUCGAGGAAGGCUACCACUCAACGAACCCCUAUCAUAA